UAAAGAUGUAAUACAAAAAGUACAUCACAUCCUAUACUCCAAUCAUAAUGAAUUAAAGAUAUUUGCAUAGAUUUAGUCACUGAUUAUUUUGAUUCCAAUGUUUCAUUAGUACACAUAAAUGUGCCUUAAAUCAUAUACAGUAUUAACAAUAAUAAUAAUAAUAAUAAGUUUAAUACAUUCAUAGACAAAGAACUAAUUUCCUUACAUAUACAUAAUGGGUUCCAUAUUUUCUAUUAACCUUUAACCAUUAAUCAAAGAUCCAUUUUUAUUUUUUUUUCAUCUUCAGUUCACUUAGAGAUUACAAAAAAUGCAUGCUGAACUUAUGCCUAUAUAAUCCAGUAUACAAAACUGAAUUAAAUUUAUGAACUAAUAAAUGAGUUACACUUUCAUUAAAACUUCAAAAUCACUCAUUUAAAAGAAACCAUCAAAUGGAUCCAUUCAUUAUAGAUUCAUAUAAAUUGAAACGUUCAUUGAGUACAAAUAAUUUAGAACAAUUCCAUAGACAUAGUGUAUUUACUGAAAAGCGUAAAUAUUCAAAGAAUUCAAGAUCAUUACAUAAACAUCCUUUCAAUACAUCAUUAAUUCAAUUAAGAAAGAAUAAAAAUACUAAUGGAUGUGAAUUACGUCCAAUUCAUGAUAUUUUAAAUGAAAUUGAAAAUAAUAGUAUGAACAAUACUACUUAUAAUACUACUAUCAAUCAUAAUACUACUGAUAAUGAUAAUAAUAAUAAUCAUCUAUUCAAACCUGACACAAAUGUUGAUUUAAACAAUAUAGAAUUACCAAUUAUUGAAAAUGAAUUAAGUAAUAUAGAACGUUUAUUUUUAUAUGCUGCUGAACAAGGUGAUUUAGGUACAAUUAAACAAUUAACUGAUCAAGUUAAUGAAUUAAAAUUAAAUUUAAAUUGUACUGAUACAUUAGGACGUGAUGUAUUACGUAUUGCUAUUGAAAAUGAACAUAUGGAAUUAUUACAAUUUCUUGUAGCAUUACCACAAUUAGAUUUAAAAGAUUGUAUAUUACAUGCUAUUAAUGAAGAUAAUGUUAUAGCAGUAGAAAUUAUAUUACAUGCACAAACAGAACGUGGAAGUAAAAAAAACUUAAAGGGAUUACUUGGACGUUUUCAAUCCUCAUCAUUUACACCUGAUAUUAAUGGUAUAAUCUUAGCAGCACAUCGUGAUAAUUAUGUAAUAUUAAAAUUAUUACUUGAUCGUGGUGAUCGUAUAUAUAAACCACAUGAUUUACGAUGUGCAUGUAAUAUAUGUACAAAAGCAAGACGUGAAAAUGGAUUACAACAUUCAACAUUAAGAAUUAAUACAUAUCGUGCUUUAACAAGUCCAUCAUUUAUUAUUUUAACUAGUAAUGAUCCAAUUUUAACGGCGUUUGAAUUAAGUUGGGAAUUGAAAAAAUUGGGUGAACUUGAAAAUGAAUUUAGAACAGAAUAUGAAGAAUUGGAAGCGAAAUGUCAAAAAUUUGCAACUGACAUGUUAGCACAAACUCGUAGUUCAUCUGAAUUGUCUAUUGUUUUAAAUCAUUAUACUGGAGCUGAUGUAUCAGGUUGCCAUGUCAGUGGAAUAAAUCAAUCCUUAUCAGAGGAUAUCAUUGAAAAAAUGCAAUUAUCACGAUUGAAAUUAGCUAUAAGAUAUGGACAAAAACAGUUUGUAGCUCAUCCACAUUGUCAACAAUUAUUAGCUGCUAUUUGGUAUGAAGGAUUGCCUGGAUUUCGUCAAAAACCAGUAUUUGCUCAAUUAACAACUAUUGGAACAUUAUGUUCUUUAUUUCCAUUAUUAGCUACAUUUUAUAUGCUUGCACCACAUUCAAAAUUGGGUAGUAUGAUGAGAAAACCAUUUAUAAAAUUUUUAUGUCAUAGUAGUUCAUAUUUAUCAUUUUUAGCUCUACUUACAUUGGCUGCUACGCGUGUCGAGUUCUUAUUGACAAAUUCUCUUGAUCAACGUAUGCAUGAUCGUGGACCAACACCAUCGUUAACAGAAUCAGCUUUAGUUAUUUAUGUUAUAGGUUUUGUUUGGCAACAAAUGAAAAAACUUUAUAUAUGGGGUUUACGUGCAUAUUUAACUGAUAUGUGGAAUCUUGUAGAUUUUGUUAUGAAUGCACUUUACAUAGCAACUAUAUCAUUGAGAACAGUUGCAUGGGCUAGAAUUGUAUUCUAUAAUGAACCACGUUAUAUUAAUCGUGGUCAAUGGGAUUCAUUUGAUCCAGUACUUGUAUCAGAAUGUUUAUUUGCUGCAGCUAAUAUAGUAUCAACAUUAAAAUUAGUUUAUGUAUUUACUGUUAGUCCACAACUUGGUCCAUUACAAAUAUCAUUAGGUCGUAUGUUACAUGAUAUAUUUAAAUUUUUUUGUGUUUAUUUCUUGGUAUUGGUUGCAUUUGCAUUUGGAUUUAAUCAAUUAUAUUGGUUUUAUGCAAAAAAUCGUUCUAGAAAUUGUAAAAAUGUUCAUUUUACAUUAGAAGAAGGACAAAAAGAUGUAUAUGAUUAUUGUAUUACAAGAGGUACUUAUUUUACUAACUUAUUCGAAAUUGUUCAAUCACUGUAUUGGUCCGCUUAUGGUUUGAUUGAUUUGACAAGUCUCAAUUUGGAAUAUCCACAUGCAUUUACGGAGUUUGUAGGUAAACUAACAUUUGGCACCUACUCAUAUAUUGCUUUCAUCGUCUUACUGAAUAUGCUGAUCGCUAUGAUGAAUAAUUCAUAUGAACAAAUUGUAGGUCAAGUUGAUAUUGAAUGGAAAUUUGCUAGAUCUAAAUUAUGGAUUAGUUAUUUUGGUGAAGGUUGUACUGUACCAGUACCAUUUAAUAUAAUACCUACACCAAAAACAUUUAUGUAUAUGUUAAAUACAAUUAAAAAUUUAUUUUUAAAUUGUUCUAAUAAGAAACAAUUACAUCGUAAUGAUUGGGAAACAAUUCGAUUACGUAUAAAACAAGUUAAAGAAUGUGAAACACGUUAUCAAAAUGUAAUGCAUGAAUUAACUAAACGUUAUCUUAUGCAAAAAUUACGUUCAAGUGAAAAUGAUAUUGUUACUGCAGAUGAUUUAAGUGAAAUUAAAGGUGAUAUAAGCGCAUUUCGACAUGAAUUAUUAGAUAUACUUAAAUCAAAUGGAAUGAAAAUACCAGCUUAUCAUAAAACAGUGUCCAAACUAAGACGUGGCCGAGAAGUUUAUCAACUUUCAGAAAUACAAGAAAUGGUACGUGGUAAGAAAUCUAAAGAAUCAAUAAAACGAGCAAAUAUUAGUAUUAAUGAAAACAAGUCGACACAAUCGAAACCAUUGUUUAGUGAUAUAAAACAGCCAGUUCAUAGAAAAAUCACAACUUCUACUGGAAUUAAUAAAAGUGAUUUUGACAAAACUUUAUUACCUAGUAGUACUAGUAUUGGUGGUAUAAUUGGUCCAGUAGAUAAUCCAGCUUUUGAAAAUGAAGAAGUAAUCGUGAACAAGACUUCAAUAAAUUCAUCAAUUGAUUUAGAUGAGAAAAAGCAAAGAAAAUCAACUACAGUUUUAGACCAAGAAACUUCAGUAUCUGAUGUAACGAGUCAACAAUUAAAUCCUAAUUUUAUUCCAUGUACAAGUACUGUAGUUUGUGAAGAAACGAUAACUAACAACACUGAUCAAAACACAGUUGAGAAACAAUUUCAGCAGUCAAAAUUAAAACAACCACCAUCUCAAUUAUCCAUUGAAACAAAGACACCUUCAAUGAACAUUAUCAAAAAUGAUAAGAUGCCAAAUUUAAAAAAUUUAACAUUCACAAAUGAAACCAGGAGUCAAACAGUUAAACAAGAUCAUGCCGAUAAGAUUGAAAGUGUAGAAAAUGAAGCAACUAGUCAACUCUUUUCUGAUAGAAAAUCAGCUGAUCAUAAAACUAUUGAACAUUGUAAACUAAACAAAAUUAGUCACCAUCCAAUGGAUGAUUGUUCACAGAUAAAAAAUCAACGUAGUGAUCUUGUUUAAAUGAUACUUGAAAGUUAUUUAUGAAAAAAAAAUGUGAAUGAACAAAAACAUUUUGUUUUACUAUGGGUUAUUUUUCUCAACUUAUAUCGUGAUGGAUAGAAUGAUUUAAUCAAAUAAAAUGGAAGAAAUUAUUGGAAUGAUUAACUUUUGUCCAUUGUCACAGUUGAAAGCGUAGAUCAAUUGAAGCUAGACCACCGUG